AUGGAGACAGGCCGUCGAACUACCAAGGAGCCGGUGUAUAUUUCCGCAGUGGAACCCGCGUUAAAGGCUGGCGCUGCUUGUGGUAGCGUUGGGUUUCUCUUUGGUGGCGCAUCAGGAAUCAUCCGUGGAGCGCCAGGUUUUCUGUUCGCCUCUGCAUCGGGAAUGCAAACGUUCGCUCUCGGAAGUACUUUCUCUCUAUUACGUACGACAAUCAUCCACAAUUGGACUACCGAUGGACAAUCACCAAAGUCCAAGGAUCUGGUCAAAGCCAGUGCACUUGCAGGGGGACUCUCUGGUGGACUCCUUGGCUUCAUUACUCGCGGCCGUUCGAAUGGCAUCCCCGGAGCUAUCAUGUUUACUAUCUUUGGAGCUGGAGGACAGCACAUUUACAAUAGAUGGACAGCGCCAAAGGACCUGAAUUUAGAACCCAAGAAGAACUUCUGGAAGCGGAUGAGUGAGAGAAGCUGGACGCCGUUCCGAGUUCUUAGUAACGACGAGUAUGCUGAAAUGCUACGCGAGAAGGUGUUAAAGCUGGAUGUUGAAAUUGCUGUGCUCGACGACAAGAUUGUAGCUCUGAGGGAGCAGCAGGCCCGGGAGGAAGCCGCGGCCGCCUUGAAUCCAAAGACGACCGAGGAGAAGCGGGCUGGUUCGGGCUGA